UUUUUCUGUUCUGUCUCAACACUUGGAGGAUCUUUUUUGGCUACUGAGUUCCUGUUGUUGCACUGAUGGAAAUUAACUGAAUUGAAAAAUAUGAGGUUAUCUUACAAAACAGGAACAGAAAACAUUUGGAAUAUUUGUAUCAAUGACCAGGUCUUAACAAUGAUCUUAUGAUUGUGGAUUUGAAAACAGAAAGGGACUCAGACAAAAGAAUUAUGGUUCUUAACAUCUCCAGCAAUGAAGAUGAGUUGAACCUCUGAUGGGUGAAAUUUCUGGAAUGGACAACAAACUUUUUGAAGAGGAUCAGGUGUCACGUGAUUCUACACCUACCAGGUGUCAGGAGACUUCAGAGGACACAAUGAAUGAAGAAUAUGAAACAAAGGCAGAAGAAUGGGAAUGCCAAUUGGAAGUCCAGCACAUUCUGCUGGAGCCUGAAUCCAGUUCUCUAUCUAUGUCAUACCUAAUAAACUGCAAUGAGACAUCUGUGGAGCCUGGCAUGGUUAUAAGCAGCGUCACUGCUGCUGAUGAACCUGAUAUAAAGCAUUUUUGUGAAGAAUUACUAUAUUCUUCAGCACACAAAUCUAAGUACAAUCCUGUGCACUUGCCCUUACAUACUGCCUGUCCCUCCCCAUUCCUUCCAAGAGGAAGCUCAGAUGAACUAUCAGAAAGGGUUCACAAGAUCAGAGUGAGGAAACACAAACCAAGUGCUAUCUCUUUUUCUGACUUUGAAUUUUUAUCACUUGGAACUAAUGCUAAAUUCCAUCUUUGUGAAGUAACAGAAACAUCUGAAGAGGACGAGGAGAGGGGUGGUGAUGAUGACGUGUUUACAGAGCUGCCCCAACCUGGGGUAUUUCUUAACGGUCUUCAUAAAAGGGCUGUUUCCCAAGGAAAAAGAGAAGAACAAGAACACUGCAAAAGUCAGCAUAUCCAUCAUGUAGAGAGUUCCUGUGAGCAUUCUGAAGGGACCCUGGAUAACCACAAAAGGGAAGAAAAGCAAAUGGCUUUGGUGACCCAACCAGAAACAAGAUCUGAGUGGUCAGACUCUAUGUCAUGUCUGAUGAAGAAGCUGGAACAAUUGAAUUUAGAUAUUGAAGAGGCUCUCAGUGCUGGCUCUUCUCCUACCAGUACUCCUUGUACAAAAAGGCGCAAAGAGACGUGUGCUAUUAAAGUGGAGACAAACCCUCACAGAGAUCAUCAGAGAAAGGGAAUCUGUACAAGUAAGAGGGCAGGCUACCAAGAGCUAGAUGGUUUGCCAUGUCCAGUGUCAUCUGGAGCACGACCAAAAACUGAUCUGCUUUUUCAGAAACUGAGCAGAGAGAAAGCAGAAAUUGAAGCAAAGGAAACGUGUGACUGGUUACGAGCUGCUGGAUUUCCACAAUAUGCUCAUCUCUAUGAAGAUUCCCAGUUUCCUAUUGACAUUGCAGCUGUAAAGACAGACCAUGAUUUUCUUGAUAAGGACCUUGUAGAACCUCUUUGCAGACGACUGAAUACAUUGAACAAGUGUGCCUCAAUGAAACUCGAUGUGAACUUCCAAAGGAAAAAGAGUGACGAUUCAGAUGAAGAAGACCUCUGUGCUAUCAGUAAUAAAUGGACUUUCCAAAGAACCAGCAGAAGAUGGUCUCGGGUGGAUGAUAUUGAUGCCUUGCUUCACCGAUCAGGUAGACAUGGAUCUUCAGGGGACAUUAAAAUGAAAAACACCACAAGCAGUGAAAGUGUGCUUACAGACCUGAGUGAGCCUGACGUCUCAUCUAUUCACAGCGAGAGCAGUGGGGGAAGUGACAACAGGAGUCCAUCUGGCAUCAGCAGCACUAUCAGGGAGGUACAUGACAGCUCAGGAGAGCAGGAGGUAGAAAGCACACAUAUGCAUGACUCCUCUUCAGUCAUCAGUACCCAGGAUCCAAAAGACAUCAUAAAAUACUCCUUGAACAUUAAGAAUGAAAAACCAACACGAACCAGAGCCAAAACCUUUCUAAAGCGUAUGGAGACAUUAAAAGCUAAAGGAACACAUGGAAAAUUAAGAGGCUCAGGAAAAACUGGUGUUUUAGAUAUAAGUGGACCUGUUCUUCAGUAUGAGCCAAAAUCCUUGAAGGACUUGCACUGUGUAGAGAUAGUAAAUGGAGAUCUCCAAAAUUUAGCACAGGAGACAGUCAAAACAGGACUUUCCUUCUCUGGCAAAUCCAGCAGUGACAGUAGUCAGUCAGAAAACAGCAGCAGCGGAGUAAGUACACCAUGUUUAAAGGAACGCAAAUGUCAGGAAACAAACAAGAGAGGUGGUAUGUAUCUGGAGGACUUGGAUGUCCUUGCAGGAGCAACCCUGAAACAAGUAGUAGGCCAAAAUCAUAAAAAUGAAUUUCACUCCCAAGAGGAUCUGGUGGUACAUAUUCCCAAAGACCAUAAACCUGGAACUUUUCCAAAGGCACUUUCUAUUGAAAGUCUUUCACCUACAGACAAUGGUAACAAUGUUAACUGGAGAACAGGCAGCAUCUCUCUGGGCAAACAGAAGUGCUCUACUCCUAGAGAGGCCAGAUUGAUAACUUGCUGUCCUAAGGAGAGCAGAGUUAGUAUUUAUGACAAUGUGCCAGGUUCCCAUUUGUAUGCCAGCACUGGAGACCUUUUGGACUUGGAAAAAGAUGAGCUUUUCCCUCAUUUAGAUGACAUUUUGCAGCAUGUCAAUGGACUUCAAGAGGUUGUUGACCAUUGGUCAAAAAAUGUACUGCCAGAUAUGCCAAAUAAUGAUUUGUCUGUUGGGAAAUCUACAUCAUUACCAUUCCAGUCAACUACCCAGAUCACAUUGGACUUUGAAGGAAACUCUGUUUCUGAUGGUCGGACUACACCGAGUGACAUGGAUAGAGAUGGAACUUCCCUCAAUGAGUCAGAAGCUACUGGUGUCAGGGAUAGGAGAGACUCUGGUGUGGGAGCAUCUCUCACCCGGCCAAGCAGGCGAUUACGAUGGAAUAGUUUCCAAAUUUCUCAUAGUAUGAGCCAGUCCAUAGCAUCUCUACAAAUCAGCAAUCAGUCAGCAGUCCAACUGAAUCUACUGCAAAAAUUCUCACUGCUUCGCCUCACUGCCAUCAUGGAAAAAUACUCUAUGUCAAACAAACAUGGCUGGACCUGGUCUGUGCCAAAGUUCAUGAAGAGGAUGAAAGUUCCGGACUACAAGGACAAAAAUGUCUUUGGCGUGCCUUUGAUAGUCCAUGUCCAGAGGACAGGGCAGCCACUUCCUCAAAGUAUACAGCAAGCCUUGCGCUACUUACGCAGCAAUUGUCUAGAUCAGGUGGGCCUGUUUCGAAAAUCAGGCGUGAAAUCCCGAAUCCAGGCCCUGCGUCAGAUGAAUGAGAGCUCUCCCGAGAAUGUCAGGUAUGAAGACCAGUCAGCCUAUGAUGUGGCAGAUAUGGUAAAGCAGUUCUUCAGAGACUUGCCAGAACCUCUUCUCACCAGCAAACUAGGAGAAACCUUCUUACACAUCUAUCAAUAUGUUCCCCAAGAGCAGCGGCUUCAGGCAGUGCAGGCAGCCAUCAUGCUGAUGUCAGAUGAAAACAGGGAGGCUUUGCAGACUCUGCUCUGCUUCCUAAGUGAUGUCAACUCAGUAGAAGAGAAUCAAAUGACUCCUAUGAACCUGGCUGUGUGUCUGGCCCCUUCUCUUUUCCACCUUAACAUAGUCAAGAAAGAAAGCUCACCAAGAGUAAUACAGAAAAAAUAUGCGACAGGGAAGCCAGAUCAGAAGGAUCUCAGUGAAAACUUGGCAGCUACUCAGGGACUUGCACACAUGAUAAUGGAAUGCAACAAACUUUUUGAGGUCCCACAUGACAUGGUAGCCCAGUCUCGGAACUCCUAUGUGGAGGCUGAAAUUCAUUCUCCAACGCUGGAGGAGCUAGGAAAACAAAUAGAUGAAGAAGGAGGAACUUACCAGAUGUACAUUGAAAGUCUGCUGCAGAACCUUCAGAAAGAAGCAAAAGAAAAAUUCAAAGGCUGGAUCACCUGUCCCAGUAUAGAGAGCACAGAGCUUACCUACAAAAAGGUGGGGGAUGGGAACCCACUACGGCUUUGGAAAGUAUCGGUUGAAGUUGAAGCACCCCCGUCAGUCGUACUAAAUCGGGUGCUAAGAGAACGUCAUCUUUGGGAUGAGGACUUCUUGCAAUGGAAGAUCAUAGAGACUCUGGACAAGCAGACAGAAAUAUACCAAUAUGUUUUAAACAGCAUGGCUCCCCAUCCCGUCAGAGAUUUUGUAGUUUUAAGGACAUGGAGGACAGAUUUGCCAAAAGGGAUGUGUAUGCUAGUGGCUGUUUCAGUGGAACAUGAAGAGGCUCCUUUGAUGGGGAGUGUACGGGCAAUUGUGAUGGACUGUCAAUAUUUAAUAGAGCCGUGUGGCUCAGGAAAAUCCAGGUUGACACACAUCUGUAGAAUAGACCUAAAGGGCCGUUCCCCAGAGUGGUACAAUAAAGGUUUUGGACAUCUGUGUGCAGCAGAAGUUGCCAGAAUCAGAAACUCAUUCCAACCCCUGAUUGCUGAGGGACCAGAAACCAAAAUCUGAGUAAAUGUUCCGGGAAGGUUGUAAGCAUAAAUCAGGAUACAGUAGAGAACAGAAGGACCUGAGGCAAAGAACUCAUUUGAUUAAGGCUGCAGUUACUGGCUGGAGAAGGGUGACCUGAAGUCUGUGCAGUGGUGAAACAGGAAUUUUACAGGAAGACACUUUCAUUCUGGAGGUGUUACUCACCUACUACCUUCAUUUCCAUUACUGAAGUAAACAUUUUUUUAAAGAGCUUUGAUCACCAUUACUUUAAAAUGAGUCUAUUACCGUUACUUGUGUUGAAUAAUUCUGAUAUUUAAAGGCUUCUAAGAAGCAUAUUUUAUUUGUAAAUAAUGUACAAUAUGUAUAUAUUUAUCCAUAUAUUAUAUAUGGUUGUAUGUAUAAAGUAAUUAUUUUGUAUAUAAUUUAGUGCUUUCUAACAAUCACAUUCAUCCAUUUGGACCAUAUAUGUCUGUCACUUGUUUCUCAGUGUUUCAAUGCUACAUAAACUGUAUUUUCUUAUUAUCACAGGGCUAUAUGAUGUAAUCUGCAUGAUACCUAAAGAAUUGAAUACUUGGUCAUUCUCAUGUUUGUUUUGUGUGUGGUGUGUCUAGGUUACUAAAAGGUACGCAGAGUUCUGUGUAGGGAGUUUGAAAGGAAUAAUGUAGGAAAUAAAAUGCUAAUGCAGACAGUGUAGCCAGGUGCACAGUUUGAAGACUUCACACUGUUCAGCAGAAAGUUUGUGACUGUAUAAUAGUCUUUGAAAACUUGCUGUUGCCUUAAACAAGGAAAUAUUUGCAGUUACACAGCCUUACUCUUUGCAGUAUUCAAGGUACUUCCCAUAAUUUUGGAGAAGUAGAAGGGAAUGUUGCAGAUAAGGUAAACAGUAAAGUUCUUUAUUAACUCAAAGUGGUAAGUUAUGGAGAGCCACCAGUGUUAAAUGUUUCUUUCAGACCUCUGGCUAGGCUCUAAACAAGUACUUAUAAAGCUGUUCUUUCCUUCUUUUGUCAAGAUAUUUAAUUGUUUAGCAAAGUCCAAAACAAUGUUUCUUAUAAUGAACUGAAAGGUGCAGAUAACUCUCCUUUUUAUACCUCCAUAUAGAAAUAAACUAAACUUUUUUAAAAAAGUUGUUUAUGCAUUUCAGAAAUUUAAAAGCUUAAAAAUGAAAACUAAUUCUUGAAAAAAUGCUUAUUUAAUAACAGUAAACAUUUUCAUAUUAUGUGUUGCACUAUCUUCAUGCCAUUGUCCUGCUUCUGUUGAGGGCAGUGGGGCCAGGAUGUGCCCCUGGUUAAGAGGAGUAAGAGCCAUUCAAGUUGACUAGAGCAUUUCAUUUUCAGGGACUUACUAUUUUGCUAAAUGAGGAAUGCUUUAAAAUGCUGAAAAUUAGUUGAAGUUAUCUUUAAGACAGGGUUGUUUUUUUUUAACUAACAUAAAACCAAAAAUGUAGUUGUAUACAUACCAGUCUGCUAACACAGUUCUCCUUCAUUAGUCAGAUUUGUUCACCUUAAUCUUAUUUAUUGCUGCAGAAGACAGCUUGGUUAUUCAAGAUACAUGUUUCAGUCCACUUUUUUAAAUGUAUCCCACAGAGAUUUAUUGAGAGUUUGAUUCAGUGUGAUACAUGUUUUUACCAAUAGCCAUAGCAUUUUGUACCAUGAUUCAGCAACCUGUUUUGGAGAAUUAGCUUCUGCUAGUACUUUGAAACUGCAUAGAUUAGAUCAGUGUUAUGAUAUUUGUCAGCAAUGUGCAAUUGUCAGUUUUCUGUAAGUAUUAGAAAUGCAAGUACUAAAUUAUCUGCAUCUGCCUAUAUGUAUUGUAAGAUAUCUGGAUGCCACAGUAACCACUCUGACCCUAGAGAUAGACAGUUACAGAAAUGAUUGCUCAAGAGGACAGAAUUUCAUACUACAUCCUAUUAUUCAUUUGUCAAAAACAGCUUCCAGAUGGCAGCAAUUGUCACUACUGUAAGCUCCAGAGGAAAGCAAACUUCCCCAAUGCAUAUAGCCAUGGUAGCAAUAUCCUAAAGUAUGAGAUUUUAAUGCCCUUGUAUUACCUUAGCUAUCAUAAAUAAAUAUUAUAUAGGCAUUAAUGGACACAAAAUUAUCCAGGCACUGGAAAUGGCAAUUCUGUAGAUUAGAAGUAAACUAUUUGGGAAAGCAAUUAAAAAAAAAAGUUAGCCAACUACAAUAGUUGUUUUAUCCCAAUACAUUAGCAGUUGGAAGGUUUGCUCAGUCUACCUACUGUACUUACCAAGAUGGUAGACUGACCUUUCAUUGUUGGGUGCCUCACAAUCUUUGUGGAUGUACUUGCACCAUCUCUAAGCCAUGUAUCAGUGAAAUACAUUUUCUGUAAAAUUGUGCAUUAAGAUACUACCAGUCAGACACUGCAGUAUUUUGUAUCAAGUGUUAUGUUGCCAUUGGAAAUACACUAUGAUAGUUACAUUUUUUAAAUAUUAUACUCAUAUUAAUACCUCAUAUUUUUACCUCAUUUGUUGGUAUAAGUCAUCAACUGUAAAUAAAUAACUGCAGAAUUGAAUAAAUUUGCAUAC